CUGUGUGUGUGCUACUUCUCUUUCUGUCCAUUGUUGCUCCUCCUCCAGCCCACUAUAGUAUAGAGAGAGAAAACCCAAUGCAGCAUUCUGAACACAACCACAUUCCUAAACUGCAUUAUCUCUCUUCUCUACUUUAGAUUCUGAAGCAAGUUCAAGUGUCCCAGAGAGGAAUGCCUUUAAAUGGAGGUUCUUUAGUUUUGACCCAAAAAUAAAGUACCUUUGGCACUUCCCACCCAAAGCCAGAGUUGCAGCCAUUAAAAUAGCCAACUUUUGCAGAAGCACCACCACCACCCCAAUUUUUUGACCACACACAAACCAACCUUUACUCGUUCCCUUCACUGAAGAGCAAAAGGAGGAGAUGGGUUGCUGCCAGUCGAGGAUAGAAAGGGAAGAAACGGUGUCGCGUUGCAAAUCCAGGAAGCGUUACAUGAAGCAGUUCGUGCAAGCCAGACAUGCUUUUUCUGCGGCACAUGCUAUGUACAUUCGUUCGCUUCGUGCCACUGGUUCAGCACUCUUUCAGUUCGCAAAUGCUGAAACCACGGUUCUCCACCACCUCAACCAUCACCAUCACCACCUUCCGCCGCGCCCUCAGCCCAUUCUCCCGCCGCCGCCGCCGCGAACUCCCACCCCGAUGCCGCCGCCACCUCCUCCGCCGCCGAUGAGUCUGAGCUCUUACACGUGGACUUCGGACUCUACCUCCUCCCCGGCUCUUCCCCCGCCGCCUCCACCGCCGCCUCCGGUUCCUUCCUCCGCCUGGGACUUCUGGGACCCGUUUAUGCCGGCUGCGCCGGCGAUGGCUUCCCGGUCAGUGACGGAGGAGGAGUGGGAGGCUACAACAACCACCGGAUCAGAAGUGGUAGUGAUGGCGGCGGCGAGCGUGACGGCACCGCCGUCAGUGGUGAGCGGGUUUUCCAAGGAGACACCUAGUGAGCUUGCAAUGGUUGUUUCAAGGAAUAGUACCAAGGAUCUUGUCGAAGUUAUCAAAGAGCUCGAUGAUUAUUUUCUCAAAGCUGCUGAUGCUGGUUCUCAUGUUUCUUUGAUCCUUGAAGUUUCAAACUCUGGAUUUUCUGAUAACAGUAAAGCGUGUAAAGUGCACAGCUAUGGGUGGAAUUUGAGUCCGUCCUUGUGGACUUGGGGUUCGAGUCCGAAGCUGAAUGGGUUUGGAAAACUGGCUGAGGGAACUCCCGUUUCUGUUGGUACUUUUGGGGCUAAUGGAGGUGGAAGUGUUGGGCAUGGGUCCACUGUGGAGAGGCUAUAUGCAUGGGAGAAGAAGUUGUAUCAAGAGGUCAAGAAUGCUAAGACUAUAAAGAUGGAGCAUGAGAAGAAACUGGCACUGCUAAGGAAGGUGGAGAUGAAGAGAGCUGACUAUGUGAAGGCAGAAAAGACAAAGAAAGAAGUGGAGAAGUUAGAAUCACAAAUGAUGGUUGCUUCUCAGGCCAUUGAUAGUACAUCUGCUGAAAUAAUCAAACUGAGGGAGAUGGAGCUGUACCCUCAACUCAUUGAGCUUCUCAAAGGAUUAAUGUGCAUGUGGCGAAGCAUGUACGAGUGUCAUCAAGUUCAAAAGCACAUAGUUCAGCAGCUAGAGUACCUCAACACCGUACCAUCAAACAACCCCACUUCUGAGAUUCACAGGCAAUCAACUCUUCAGCUGGAGCUUGAAGUACAGCAAUGGCACCAAUCUUUCUGCAACCUCUUCAAGGCUCACCGCGAUUACAUCCAAUCCCUCACAGGUUGGCUAAGGCUCACCCUUUUCCAGUUCAGCAAAAACCCUCUAAGCAGAACCCCGGAGGAGUCAAAGAUAUACUCCCUGUGUGAAGAAUGGCACCUUGCUGUUGAUCGCAUCCCAGACAAUGUAGCAUCCGAAGGAAUAAAAAGCUUGUUAACGGUUAUUCAUGCCAUAGUAGAGCAACAGGCAGAAGAGUAUAAACAAAAGAAGAAGUCAGAUUGUGCGUUCAAAGAGCUGGAGAAGAAGGUGGUUCAGCUUCGGUCUUUGGAGUGCAAGUAUGGUCCAUACUCCAUGCCAGAAUCCUCUAUUUCCAUGCGAAACAAGGACUCGGUGAGCGAGAAGCGUGGCAAGGUGGAAGCUUUGAGAGCAAAGGCAGAAGAAGAGAAGAACAAAUACGAGAAGGCAGUGAGUGUAACUAGGGCAAUGACGCUGAACAACUUGCAAAUGGGUUGCCCGCAUGUGUUUCAAGGGAUUGUGGGGUUUUCAAGUGUGUGCAUGGAGGUUUUUGAGUCUGUAUACAACAAAGCCAAAGUUGCUGAACAGGAGCAUGACGUGAAGAGAAUAUUGCCGUAGGAGAAUUCUAGCUCAUAUGUCGUGUACAGUGAAUGUGAUUAUCACCCUUGCCCGUAUCAUCACAUUGCGUUUACACCAGCUGAUAUCAUGAAUCAUGAUACCUCAUACUUUGGUGUAGAUUCCUCAUUCCGCAAGCAUUUAUUACGAUGGGUUUUACUUGGUUUCA